GCCAGUCAAGCUGAGGCGACUGCUGGUCUCUGACGACCUUGGGCUGAAAGUUUGCAGGAUUCUGUCAAAGGGCUGAGGGAAAACAGCCUGGAGCAGAGGGCAACCAGUUGCAGAAUCUACCAGCCAGGAACUGGAAGCAGGUGAGUUGUGUUGUUGGUGAUUGCUUGCCAAGAUGAAGCAUCUGACACCCCUCACCCUCCUUGCCUGUGGCUCCUUUAACCCCAUCACAAACAUGCACAUGCGUUUAUUUGAACUGGCAAGAGAUCACUUUCAUCAAGCAGGAAAGUACCAGGUGACUGAAGGUAUAAUUUCACCUGUUAAUGAUAAAUAUGGAAAGCAAGGAUUGGCUUCCGCAAAGCAUCGGCUAGAAAUGGCUCGGCUUGCUCUAGAGACAUCGGAGUGGAUCAGAGUGGACCCUUGGGAGAGUGAGCAGGAGCAAUGGAGUGAGACUGUAAAGGUGCUAAGGCAUCAUUAUAAAGAAUUACUUAAAUCACACUGUAUCAGGAGACUGCCUGGGAAAAACAAUUGGCCCAUAGAAAAAGCUGCUGGGGCAUCACUGGCUUCAUCGCUUACAGUUUUCCCAGAACUAAAACUUCUUUGUGGAGCUGAUGUUCUGAAGACGUUUCAAAUACCCAACCUGUGGAAUGAAGAGCACAUUCAAGAAAUAGUGACAAAGUUUGGGCUGGUUUGUGUUAGUCGUGCUGGCAGUGAUCCUUCUCAGUAUAUUUCUGAAUCAGAGCUUUUAUGUAGAUACCAGCACAAUAUUCACUUGGUUAAAGAAUGGAUUCCAAAUGAAAUCAGUGCCACAAAUAUAAGGUGUGCCUUGCGCAAAGGGCAAAGUGUGAAAUACCUGAUUCCAGACUCUGUUAUUUCAUACAUUAAGGAAUAUAAUAUAUAUAUGGAAGAGAGUGAACGGAAAAAUGAAGGGAACUUGCUACAGCCUCUGAAGCAGAACAGUGCUAUGAUCAACCUGCUCAAUGAAUGAUGGUUCUAUGCAACCAAAUGAGUGGUUUCCCACUUCAUGAAGUGGGUUGAGAAGGAAAGUCUAUAAAGAUAACUUAAAAAGCUGUGGUAAUUUGUAAGCAAUCCAUUAUACCAAAAUCUGUAAACAGCAGUCCAAAGCCUUGAGUGGCUCAGCUCCUUCUUUAUUAUCUGUCAUACCUAAUAUAAUUUUACUCAGAUAGUGGGAAUGCCUGUCGAGAGCUACCCCAGAUUGAAAUAAAAAAGCAAGUCCCGGAUCAGCUGGUGGCUCUAAUUCUGGUGUUCACUUAUACACAAUGAGGCAACGAGAGAUGUAGUGCUAGUUGCAAUAAGUGGUAGUUUGCCAUAAUUGGGUUUAUGCUUGUUGAACUGUGUUACAAAUUUAUCAGUUUUAAGUAUGACUGUUGACAAAGAAUUAAACUGUUGUGAACCUUGAUCCUAGACACCUUUAUUUGAUAAGUAGGAUUUACUUUGAAGUAAACUGUUAAGCACUGUCUUGUUAUUGCCAUUUUCCUUUGUCUGUAUGAACUCAA